AGUCGCGUAGUAAAUAAACCGAAUGGACGUAGAAGAUAAAAAUGACUGACACAACAACUUGGAGUAUUUCUGACCAUAACCUUGGACUAUAUCAUAUCUAAAUCGAUUUAUUUGUCUACACCAACGCUAUAUUCGUUACCGCUGUCUGUUAUGGAGACUCGUGUGACAUCGGAUUAUCAUCACAACCUGCAUAUCUAAUGUCAAAACCUGUCGUUAGCUGCAAACAGCUAAUCGUUAAUGAAUGAGUUUCCUGAGGUGAUUGUAAGCUAACUAAAUUAGCUCAAAGCGCGUGCGGGGCUCACGCGCGUUUUAAAGCUGCAAGAGCAAAAAAGAAGGAGAAAUAAAAUGUCGGAUUUAAACCGAGACGUUUUGGAGCUGGUGUGGGGCAAACAGGCGAGCAACAACGGCGUGUCUGCGUCUCUGUUUCGCAGGUGGACACAAGGUUUUGUCUUCAGUGAGACCGAGCACAGUGCCCUGGAGCAGUUUGAAGGUGGACCAUGCGCUGUGAUUGCACCUGUACAGGCUUUCCUGCUGAAGAACAUCCUGUUCAACCUGGAGAGCUCAAACUGGAGAAAUAUCUCUGAGGAAGAGCAGCGCUUAGCCCUGUGCUCAACAUUUACUGAGAUUCUGGUGUCUGCCUGCAUUGGCAAGACCCACAACUUCUGCUUGGCCACGUGGGCUCCCUCCAAAUCCACAGACGAGAACAGGGACAUCACUGAAGACCACACAGAACCAGAAUCCAGUCAGAACACACAGACACAGCAGCAACCAACUGCUUUGGCUGUUGAGGAGCUUGGCUUUGAGCGGUUUCACAGCAUGGUACAUAAAAGAACACUAAAGACUGUUGCAGAGCUAAAGGAGUUAAUACUCUCACUGUACGACACUUGGAGGAAUAAAUUUGGAGUCUUGCUCUUCCUGUAUUCAGUAAUACUUACAAAGGGUAUUGAGAAUAUAAAAAAUGAAAUUGAGGACACUUCAGAGCCACUUAUUGACCCUGUGUACGGCCAUGGCAGUCAAAGCCUGAUCAACCUGCUGAUCACGGGACAUGCCGUGUCAAACGUUUGGGAUGGAGACAGGGAAUGCUCAGGAAUGAAGCUUCAUGGGAUCCAUGAACAGACUACUGUUGGCUUUCUCACACUAAUGGAAUCGCUACGAUAUUGUAAGGUUGGAUCAUGUCUCAAAUCUCCAAAGUUCCCUAUAUGGAUCCUUGGCAGUGAGACCCAUCUCUCUGUGUUUUUCACGAAGGAGAUGUCUCUGGUGGCCCCUGAGUCUCCGUCAGAACAGGCCAGAAGAAUCUUUCAGACCUUCGAUCCAGAAGAUAACGGUUUCAUUCCUGACACACUGCUCGAAGACGUUAUGAAGGCUUUGGAUCUGGUCUCGGAGCCUGAGUAUGUCAAUCUGAUGAAGAGUAAGCUGGAUCCUGAAGGACUAGGAAUUGUUCUGUUGGGUCCGUUCCUGCUCGAAUUCUUCCCCGAUCAGGACUCAGGGAUUCCAGACUCAUUUCCUGUGUACCACUAUAACGGCCUGAAGCAGUCCAACCACAAUGAGAAGGUGAGCUAUGUUGAGGGCACCGCUUUAGUUCUGGGCUUCGAGGAUCCUAUGGUGCGUACAGAUGACACUCCGAUCAAGCGCUGCCUCCAGACAAAGUGGCCGUACAUCGAGCUUCUGUGGACCACAGAGAGGUCUCCCUCUCUAAAUUAACCCCUUCACCAACAUCUCACCUCUCACUUCAGGACCCCUGCACGCUCUCCAAACCAUGAAUAUCAGGAGAACGGCUUCGCGCCUCAACUAAAUACACAAGACAAACUGGCUGAUGCUGCCUGAUUCGCAUCGGCUCGCUUGCUCUAAUCUUUAUUUAUCAAAUUUCAUUCAGCUCGUAUGUUAAAAAAAAAAGUGUGUGUGUGGGGGGGAGUGUUUAAUAUUAGAAACCCCUUAUAUGGAACAAUGAUUUUCAUAUUUUUUUCUGGACGGUGUUAAUAUUUUUUUUGUUUGCAGAUUUUCUACAGAUUUUUCUGGUUCAUUUUGUUUACAAGGCUAAAAGAGAACAGUAAAUGAGGUUGAUGAAGCAGGCCUACUGACUCAUUGAUGGAUAUGUAGCUAGAUAACUACAGUUGUAGAUUUGAUUCUGGUGAAAGGUUGUGUCCAAUGUUUAAUCUGACCAAAACCUCCUGGUGCUCCAGGCUACAUUCUGCAGUGUUUACGUCACUUGGACAAAAUAAAGCCAGGUUCGGUUUAGACCGGUUUAAAAAGGAAUGCAUUACAACCCAAAACAGGGCACAGGAAGAGAGAGGAGGAGGAGGAGGAAGAUAAAGAGACAGAUUAGUAGGGGGAACGGCGAGACAGUAUUGGUAUUUGAUCUUGGAUGUGACUAUAAAACUUUUUCUUCACCAUAGCAGUAACACCUAUUUAUUGUUCACUGCCUCUCUGGCAAAGGGACGAACAACCAUGAGCGCACAUUAUUUAUUCUGACCAGAUGAUUCACAGAAAUAAACUUUUUAUGUCUUCUUGCCUGGA